UAUGCUCCACAAGAGUAUGUCUUUAGUUUAGACAAUCCGUAAAGAUGUCCGAGGCCGGUGCCACGUUGAUCGAAGGAAUCGGCGACGAGGUGUUGCUGUGCAUCCGUCUCGUUGACAUUGUCGGUCUCCUUGUGGCAUCUACAUCCAGAGUGCGAGGAAAGCGGCACCGAGGAAGGAAGCUGAGCCCCGACGUCGUUCGUCAGAGGCGGCUCGAGUUCAUCGAGAGGAGUUCUCGCGUCGAGAGCAUCAGCGGCGUCGAACCGGUGGAGCCGGACUCCGGGAAGAGUCGGCCCACUCCACCGACGAAGCAGCGCCGCAGCUCGAGAAGAGGAGGGCGUCGCCAUCCGCCUCAAAUACUUGAAGACACCGAGCGCUGCGUUAGGGCAUGCCAGACGAGACUGUUGGGAUCGUUCAAGAGGCGCCAUUUCGCUGCCGAGUUGGCAGGGCAACGGCUGGUGCGUCUGAUCUACAACGGAGGUCAGCUCCGCGAUGACAAUGCACGUCUUUCGUCCUGUGGCCUUAGCGAUGGCUGUGUUGUGCACGUCCAUAUCUCGACAACACCUGUUGUGCAGAACGAGACUUCAUCGGCCAAUUCCAAUGGCGAGGGCGACCUCAACCUGGGUGCCCUCAUGUGGCUGUUUGCGGCAACACUGGGCAUCCUGUGGGUGCUGCACUUUCAGUACCGCGAGCUUUUCAACACUUCAUCAACCGUUGUGCUUGUUGGCAUUUCCGGAUUGUUCUGUGUAGGUCUGUAUGGACAGCACUACCCCCAGUCACCAGCACUGCUGAUCAAGGAGGAGAGACUCAGACCACUCCAGUGUCGGGACG